AUGGGCAGCGGCGACCGGGGCGCGCCCGGACAGCCCGGCCGGGCGAGCGGCCCCCUCGGUGGCCGGGAGACCGCGGUGCGGCCGCGACUGCUGCCGCUGCUGCUGGUGUUUCUGGGUUGCCUGGGCCGCGGCGCGGCGGCGGAGGACGCAGAAGUCAACGCCGAGAACUGGCUUCGGCUCUAUGGCUACCUGCCCCAGCCCAGCCGCCACAUGUCCACCAUGCGCUCUGCCCAGUUCCUGGCCUCGGCCCUCGCUGAGAUGCAGCGCUUCUAUGGGAUCCCAGUCACGGGUGUGCUUGAUGAAGAGACCAAGACGUGGAUGAAGCGGCCCCGCUGCGGGGUGCCAGACCAGUUCGGGGUGCACGUGAAAGCCAAUCUGCGGAAGCGGCGGAAGCGCUACGCCCUCACUGGGAGAAAGUGGAACAACCACCACCUGACUUUCAGCAUCCAGAACUACACAGAGAAGCUGGGCUGGUACAACUCCCUGGAGGCGGUGCGCAGGGCCUUCCGAGUGUGGGAGCAGGCCACGCCCCUGAUCUUCCAAGAGGUGCCCUAUGAGGACAUCCGGCUGCGGCGGCAGAAGGAGGCGGACAUCAUGGUACUCUUUGCCUCUGGCUUCCACGGCGACAGCUCACCGUUUGAUGGCACGGGCGGCUUCCUGGCCCACGCCUAUUUCCCUGGCCCUGGUCUGGGUGGAGAUACCCAUUUCGAUGCGGAUGAGCCCUGGACCUUCUCCAGCACCGACCUGCAUGGGAACAGCCUCUUCCUGGUGGCAGUGCACGAGCUGGGCCACGCGCUGGGGCUGGAGCACUCGAGCAACCCGAGCGCCAUCAUGGCGCCGUUCUACCAGUGGAUGGACACCGACAACUUCCAGCUGCCCGAGGACGACCUCCGGGGCAUCCAGCAGCUCUAUGGCACCCCAGAUGGCCAGCCACAGCCCACCCGGCCGCUUCCCACGGUGACGCCCCGGCGUCCAGGCCGGCCAGACCAUAGGCCUCCCAGGCCCCCCCAGCCACCACCCCCAGGAGGGAAGCCGGAGCGUCCACCCAAACCAGGUCCUCCAGUCCAUCCCCGAGCCACAGAGCGGCCCGACCAGUAUGGACCCAACAUCUGCGACGGGGACUUUGACACGGUGGCCAUGCUGCGUGGGGAGAUGUUUGUGUUCAAGGGCCGCUGGUUCUGGCGGGUCCGGCACAACCGCGUCCUGGACAACUACCCCAUGCCCAUCGGGCACUUCUGGCGUGGGCUUCCAAGUGACAUCAGUGCUGCCUAUGAGCGCCAGGAUGGGCGUUUCGUCUUUUUCAAGGGUGAUCGAUACUGGCUCUUCCGGGAAGCAAAUCUGGAGCCCGGAUACCCACAGCCACUGACCAGCUAUGGCCUGGGCAUCCCCUAUGACCGCAUCGACACGGCCAUCUGGUGGGAGCCCACGGGUCACACCUUCUUCUUUCAAGAGGACAGGUACUGGCGCUUCAACGAGGAAACACAGCGUGGAGACCCUGGCUACCCCAAGCCCAUCAGUGUCUGGCAGGGCAUCCCCAUGUCCCCCAAAGGGGCCUUCCUGAGCAACGAUGCAGCCUACACCUACUUCUACAAGGGCACCAAAUACUGGAAGUUCGACAAUGAGCGCCUGCGAAUGGAGCCUGGCUACCCCAAGUCCAUCCUGCGGGACUUCAUGGGCUGCCAAGAGUACCCGGACCCUGGGUCCCGCUGGCCCGACGUGGCCCGGCCUCCUUUCAACCCCAAUGGCGGUGCAGAGCCAGGGGCAGAGGGUGACGAGGGAAAUGAAGUGGAGCCCGGCCCAGGUGGUGGGGAGGGGGACUUUGGGGCAGGGCCGGACAAGGACAAGGAUGGGGGCAGUCGCGUGGUGGUGCAGAUGGAGGAGGUCACUCGGACUGUGAAUAUGGUGAUGGUGCUGGUGCCACCGCUGCUGCUGCUGCUGUGCAUCCUGGGCCUCACCUACGCCCUGGUGCAGAUGCAGCGCAAGGGAGCACCCCGCAUGCUCCUCUACUGCAAGCGUUCGCUGCAGGAGUGGGUCUGACCUGGCAUGGCCCCUCCUGCUCCUCACGGUGCUAAGGGGGCCCAGGUUGGUGGCACCUGUGGUUCUAAGAUGGCUCCUUGGGGCACCUCUCUCAGCCCCAGUGGGGGACCCCUUCAGGCCCCCCAGCAUCCCCCAUCAGUCCUGCCCCCAUUGUUUAUUUAUGCCCCCAUAUCUUUCUUUCUUUCUUUCUUUUUUGCACACUAACUGAGCAUUUGUUUCCACUUUCCUAACCAGGGUGGUCCCUCAGGACAGGGGGUUAGAGCUUUCUAAAUGUAGUUCUGCUCCAGACAGGGAAUUAGGCCCCCUACCCACCCCUGGCUUGGCCACAGCCAGAGAAGAGGAUCAAGGCCCAGUUGGAAGAGCGCCUGAGGGUUGUCGAGGUUGUUACCUCCCUCUCAGCUCUGCUGGCUUGGGAGACAAGUGGGGCCUAACUCCCCUGAGUCUUUCUCCACUUCAGCAAGUGCUUUCACCCAGGGGCAGCCCCAGGCUGGAGGGGCCUGGGGUUGGGGGGGAGGUGGUCCACUGGCUGUGAGUCCAUGUCAGUUUGGGUCAUCCCCAGCCCACCUCGGACAACCCCAGCAACCCAGCUUCUCGUGCCUAAGAACCCCAUGCCACCCCAGCCAGCCGAGGGGCCAGCGGCCCCCAUCUCCUGCAUAUCCCCUCAGCCCACACCUCCUUCCCUCUCUGGAGAGGGGGCCCUGGGCCUGCCUUAUCAAGGACCAAAGGGGGUCUGCCAAGGCCCCUCCCCCAAGGGUAGUGGUAGCACUGGGCCUGCCCCUGGCAGAGCUUCCAGCCCCUUUGUCUUUCUUCUCUCUGAGCUUUGACCCACCUGGGCUCUUCCCUGGGCCUCUGCCCACCCUCUUACACCGCUACCGGCACCCUCGGAACCCUACCAGCCUGCCGUGUCCUGGCUCUCCUGGGGGGCUGUGGGUGCCCAGGCUGGGGUGAUGAGUGCCCACAGUUCAGGGGCGCCUCCCUUCCAGACCCUGUGCCCCCAGGCUCUAGGAGGAGAGACGCAGUGGGCAGAAGCCAGCAAUCACCCCCAUGGGGACUGUGGGGCGGGGCUGUCCCCGAAAGGAGCCCACUGCUCCCUUCCUCUGGGCUCAGCCCUGAGGGCAGAGACACUUCCUCCCUCUUUUCCUUCCCAAAGUAAGUGGGAGGCAAGGCUGCUGUGGGAAAUGGUACUGUACAGCCGGCUCUGUCCCCCUCUGUCUCCCGAGAACCCUGAGCAGAAAGGAUCAGCCAGCCAGAGUCCCUGAGGCCCCUGGGGGAAGGGCCUCCUCAUGAGCUGGCACCCAAUGCGGGUCCAGCAGCUUCCUCCCCUCUUGGUCCUCAGAACCUGAGAGCCAGCGAGGGGUGGAGAGGGGUCAGAGUCCACCCCCAUACGUUUCUUCCUGUAAAUAAUCUGCACUGAUUAAAUCGUAUGGCCGGCGAGUGUGCCUCCUUCCUCAGGCUUUGGGCUGGAGCUUACAGCCCGAGGGAUGGAAGGUGGGGGCUGGGGAGGUCAUGCUAUGGUUAGGAGAUCUGCCCCUCCCCCACUAAAGUGACCUGUUCCCAGUUUGGGGGGGUGGGGUCCUUCCCAGUGACCUUUAGAAAGAAGGCCCUGGGAGGGGCAGAGCCGGGAAAGGAUGGGAGGUGGCAGGUCUCCACAGACCAGGGGAGGGCAGGGCAAGGCAGAGGGCCUGGUGGCCAUGCUGGGGAGGUACAGGGAAGGAGUGGGAACUUGGUCACUCCUGGGGAGAAAGGGCACCCUGCAGAUGAGGCAGUGGGUGGAGGAAGCUGGCCAGCCCCCCAGCUCACCCACCAGCCUGGGUUCUGGGCCACCUCAAGACCAGCUCGGAUGGGAAAGCAAGCUGCUUUGGAUUCAAACAUUGCCUUCACCACAUACUCUGCUCACAGGGUGAGGGGGUACCCACAAUCUGCCCUCUCAUCCUUGAAGAAGCAGAAAAUCUCAACUGGGCAGGGCACAGAUGAAGCCCAAGAGAACAAGGGACCGAGGUGCCAUGGCCCCUUGGGUUUGGGCUGGGCUGGCAAGCUUUGGACCCCACGUCCAUCCUGUGGGUCAAGCCUAUUGGUACUGGCUUGUACCCCCUGGGAAUGCAGUGCUCAGCCAUUGUGGGGUCCCAUCCCAACCAAGCAGAAUCUCCACAACAACUUGAGCAGGGUCCUUUAGCCUGUUCCACAGCUGUACCCUCUCCCACAGCUGUACACCCCCUCCCCAGCCCCCCUUAAUCCCACCCUUUCCUCUCUUUGUGUUGAAACUGGCUGAAGAGAGUAGGAAGUACUGGCCCUCGGAAGCCCCAAAGGCCACAGCCUCAGUUAGGAAACAGCGCAUGAGUUCCCCCACCACCGGGGCCUCAACCUUCAGCCUGGGGUCCAGGCUGAUACUAUCUUGUCAGCUUUCCUGUGGCAGAAGCCUAGGGCUCACCCAGCUAUGCCUUCUGCUUGAAACCCUGGGGUCUCCCAGAAGCCCAGAGGCUACCAGGCAGGUGGAUGGCAGUAUGGGGCCAUGGGGGUGAGAAAGGAGAGGAUGAAAGGCCUUCCUUGAGUUCUUCCUCAGAGCCCAGGCCAGAGGAGAGACUUGGCGGAGGCCUCAGUUCCUCGGGAAGCUGCCCGAGGAGACUUCCGCCCCCCUCAGGCUUUCUGGUAAAAUCUCAGAAAAAUCAGUGACUGAAGAAACAACCCAUCUCAGGGACCCAGUUUAUUCUGGGGUGAGGGGGGGCCCAGAUGUGUGACAGAGGUCUCUGAGGGGGAUUGUGUGGAGCACCUCCACCCUGCCCCCUACCUCCCCAGAAAGCCAGCCUGACCAGACUUCCCCCAGGAUCAAACAGGAGCCUGGAACUUUCAACUGUUUGUUUUUUAAUGUGGCUGUAACCUAAACUCACCUUGGGUCCCCAAACCCUCAGCACCUUUUGUUCCUUUGUAGUUUGCUAAUUCCCAAUUAAGAUAUUACAGAUAAACAAAAAGAAGAAAGCUCCAAGUCACCUUAAUUCCCCUGCCAGUGUUGACAGCUUGGCAUGUUUCCUUCCAGCCCUCUUCCCUCUACGUUGGCACAGCUUGGGGCUCUACAACCUGACACACCCUGGUCUCGAGGCCCAAUGGGGCCAUACUUCACCCAACAGACAGGAUGACAUUCCUACCUCAUGGGCUGUAGGAUGAAGGGGGUUGGGUGGCUGGUGACAGUGUCUGGCAGGUGCUCAGUGUGCGAUCCAGACCCUGUGACUCACAUGCCCCCCACUUACAUUUUACUGGUGAGAAAAGUAGGACCCAGAGAGGUAUAGAGACUUGGCCACAGUCACACAGCUAGGAAAUGAUCGUGACAGGAUGAGAACCCAGACAGACCUACUGGCUCAGCAGCUCCACCCCAGCCUGGUGCAGCUGGAGAACUGGGACAAGGAUGAGGCCACCCUCGCCCCACCCCCCACAUUCUACUCAUGGAAGACCCCAGGGCCACCAACAGAGCCUCCUUUCAGGCUAGGGUGGGAGUGAGCUGGCUGCUUCCUCCCCCUCCAACUUGGCAGAAAAGCCUUUUUGUUGUGGCUCACACAGAGGCCAUUCUCCUCAGGCUCACGGGAAGGAAUGGCCAACUUCCUGUCCAUCCACAGCCGCCCAGGCUGCAGUGGACUCCUGAGUAGGUCUGAGAGGAGCAGCCUUCCUAUCCCUCCAUGUCCUCCAGUCCUGCCUUGGGCCCAAGACUGCGGCUUUGUUCCCCAGACACUGAAACUAUAAAAGGGGCUGUAAGGACCAGUUACCUCUCAGCUAUCAUGGCAAAUGCUGGGGAUUCCAGUCUCAAGGCACUUUAGGGGCACAGCAACAGGGCCCCCAGCCCACUGCACAGGUGGCCUCACGACCCACAAAGUGUUGGCAAAACACUACCAUGCUGCUUACCCUGUCCCAGAUGUCCCCUACACUUGCUUGCCUCUGUGCCUUUGCUUAUGCUGUUCCUUCCCCCUGGAAGACUCUUCCCUACACAUUUCAUUGUGUCCAAAUUGCACAGACUCUUCAAGAUUAUGAUUUGCCUUUUCUAGAUCUCCAAUCUCCUUCCUCACAGUCACUGAGUUUCCUUCCAACUCAGGCUCACCCAGCACUUGUGUGCUGACCAUUCCUGACCUCUGAACCCAGCCUGGCCAUCCUUAUACUGACUAUGGUUCCAUUGAGCACAGACUGCGCUUAGGCAAGUUGCUCCACCUGAAUCCAAAUUCCCCAUGUAUAGAAUGAGGGUAACAGCCAUGCCUAUUUUAGACAGUUGUGAAGCUUGAUUCUGCUGACCCUUAUAAACAGAAGGGCACCUGGCCCAGGGGCGACUUGUGAGUUUGUUGCUGUACAUCAUUAUUAGAGGUACAGGACCUGGUGCCCACUCAGGCUUCCCUCCUUAGAAGAGUAGAGUGCUUGUGGAAUAGGGUCAAAGGUCAACAAGACUGGGGACAGGUGCUGGGGUGGAGGGAUAUUCCUGUCUAACCAGCUCCCUUCCCAGCUGCCCAUGCUUCACUCAGCUGACCCUGGGGGUGGGAUUGCCCUGGCCCAGCCUCUCCCCACCCACAGCACCAGCCCUUCUUCCCAGACUCUGGGCACAUAGUCCCAGGUCAGAUUUCCUCCCCAAGUGCCCUGACACCUCCCAUCCCCACAUUUUUCUCCUACCUCAGUCUGCCAGAAAUAGCCUCCAAAAUCCCCUUCAAUUAUAGCCAAGCCAAAAGGCCCCUCCUGGGAAAACGAUAUCAUUCCCUUCCCAUCAAGGAUCAUAGGAACAAAAUGGA